ACAAGUAAUACGUCAUGCAGGUGCGGAGAGGAUAAAGUAAAAUAUGAUGCUAACUUUGUCGCUUGUAACGACGGACAAAGAAAAUCCAAAUGUCCUUGCCUCAAAUUGGGUAGGCCUUGUAAAGCAACAUGUCACUGCAAAAAUUGUGCAAAUCCUAUUGCUGCCAAAAUUCCACCAAAUGUGGAUGAUAUUUCACCUCCUUCAGAGAUAAAUAGAAAGCGCAAAAGGACCGGAACAUUUCAUUAUAAGAGAGUUCGAAGUGCCGACUACUUAAUUUCACGAAACCUCGAGCCAGUUUCUAAGAUAUGGACUGCAUUUGAGCAAUCCUUGUUGCUAACUGUUACGGCGUUCGUGGUCUCCACCUUGGUUUCUCCCAGCCUAGAGAACAUACCUCGACUUUAUAACCAUGUAGCCGAGUCCCAACAUUGUCAAGAGGCAGAAUUUCCCAUAAGAACAAAAAAUGCCUUACAGUUUGCUGGCAAACUAAAGCAGCCGCAAGAAAAAAAAUGA